CGAUGGACAGGCUGAAGUGGAUAACUUUGCUGCAAAUUUUAAUUAUUUGCAGUGCCUUUCAACUAGCUCAACUGAAUGUCAUACCCGACUGGGUUAAACAGCGGUUUCUCAAGGCUAUGUCCUCAACGGGAAAUACUGUUAAAGCCGGAUCGAUGAGCCUGGAGAGCCUUGGAAAGGCCAUAUCCAACGUGAAAAGCAUUCCAAAAGGACUGGCCCAGAUUGUCAGUGACCUUCUCGGAUUUAGUGAAAGUCAAAAGGACUCUCCAUCUUCCGACCCAUCGUGUGCAAAAGACGAUAUGAUGUGCCACAUCAAGGGUGUUUUCGGCUCUUCCACAGAGCAUCCAGUGUGAACGCGUGUCACUAAUGUUAUAACAGACUUUAUGAGUUUUUAAAUAAAUAAAAUAUUUUAAAAUAAAAA